CCACUCUUUGGUUAGUGCAUACUUAGCAUAUUUUGAUCGAUUUUUGGGGCGUUGGCAACAUGGACGAAGGUGUGCAGAUACUUAUACAAGAUAUCGUCAAGGAAAUUGUGGAGGCAAGCAGGAGAACGUUGUUGCAGGAAAUAGGGACACUUAUUGAAAAGAUAAGUGAACAGAAUAAUUCUUCUCAGUUUACAAAAAUUAGUAAUUUGGUGGCUGUUGAACAACCAAAAUUUAAGAGAAAAAGCAACGAAGAGCAGUUCAAGGCAAAUAGUAAAGUUCUGUUGAAACUAAAUGAGGCAAACGAAAAUUUAAAUCAAGACAACGUACAAGAGGCAAAAUCGAGCAUUACAGAAGCUGUAGCAAUGCUGUCACAUCGACAAAAAUUGAUACAAAUGGCUGAUCGGAGCGAUCUGGGUUGGAGGGUUGUACAGGAAUAUGAAUCGAAUCCGCUAGCGGUAGAUUCAGAGGAUGAAAAGAAAAUGUACAAGGCAGAAGCACGUGCAAAUAGAAAGAUGAAAGCAGAAAAGUCAAAAAAGUCAAAGAUGACCAGAUCGUUGCCAUAUAAGAGAGUUACUGCUCAAAGCGGAGGACGUAGCGCUGUACAAACGGUCACAACACAAGUACAGAGGCCAGGACUCUGUUUUCAGUGUGGUAAACCUGGGCACUGGAAAAGGGAUUGUCCUGGAAACACCACGUAUAACAAGAUAAGUAUUUGUACAGAUCAUAUUGUAAAUAAAUGUCUGCAAAAUUCAAGCAGCAAUAUUGAGUCUGAAAAUGAAAUUUUCAAAGAAUCAGAUGAUAAGAGUCAAAAUGUUAUACAUAAUAGAUAUAACAAUUUUUCAAUUCAAAACAAUGCUAGUUGCAUUUUAGAUGAUAGCGUGGAAGGCACGGCGCCUUCAGUUUCUCCUGUUGGGAGGUUAAAAAGCCAUGCGAGUAAAUGGCGUUCAGUUAGUGGCGAUUCUUAUAUCGUCGAUGUUAUAGAAAACGGAUAUAAACUACCAUUUAAGGUUAUUCCGUCCGGUACAGAUCUGAAAAACAAUAAGUCGGCUAUAGAGAUAACCAAACAUUUGUAACGUCUGAAAUCGAAAGUUUGUUACAAAAGGGUGUUAUUUCUAUAGUAGAACGAAUGUCCUUAGUUGUAAAUCCUUUAACAGUAGCAUAUAACAAAGUUGGGAAACCAAGGUUGGUAUUAGAAUGUAGGCACAUCAAUCAGUUUUUGCAUAUAAUUAAAGUAAAAUUUGAGGGUAUUCGUGUAGCACAGUAUCUUUAUGAAACAGAUUUUUAUGCCUUUACAUUUGAUCUUAAGGGAGCUUACCAUCACACUGAUAUUUUUAAAGCUCACAGAACAUAUUUAGGCUUUUGCUGGAAUUAUAAUGGACAGAAAGCUUAUUUUGUUUUCAAUUCUUUACCUUUUGGUAUUGCGAGCGCAGGACACAUUUUUACAAUUACCUAUUUAAGAUCUCUUAGCCAUAAAGUUAUCAUGUAUUUGGAUGAUGGCAUUGGUGGGCACAGGGAGUAUGAAAAGGCUCUACAUUCUAGUGUGUUCGUAAAAAACACAAUCUGCGAAUUUUGUUUUUUAAUAGCAGAAGAAAAAUGUCAAUGGAUACCAUCAAAAAAGGUUACAUGGUUGGGAUAUUUGCUAGAUUUCCUUCUUAAUAAGCUAUUCAUAACCGAGGAAAGGAUCGCUUGGGUAGAGAAGGUUAUACAGUCUGUUUUAUAUCAAAUAAGAUGUGACAAAUGCAGAGUUGUGAAAGUCCGAGUCUUAGCUUCAUUAGUCGGACAGCUGAUAUCACUUCAAUUCGUGUUUGGUAGUAUUGUUCGAUUAAGAACAAUUGUAUAAUCUAACGGGCUAGUUGGGA